AAGCCCGCCGCCGGGAGGGGGCUUGGGUCGGGAUGGAGACAGGAGGAGCCGCCGUUGCGGGCGUACGGGCGGGGUGAGCCGCCGCCGCGGCUGAUUGUUGACAUUCUGUCCACGUCGAGAAGUGAGCUCUGGGCGCCGUGCGUCGGAGAAGGAUCGACAAGACCAUGCUGGCGAGCCUAAAGGUCAAGAAGCAGGAGCUGGCCAACAGCUCGGAUGUGACCUUCCCAGACCGGCCGCUGUCCCCUCCUCUCACGGCACCUCCCACCAUGAAGUCGGCGGAGUUCUUCGAGAUGCUGGAGAAAAUGCAGGGGAUCAAGCUUGAAGAGCAGAAGCCGGGCCCCCAGAAGAACAAGGAUGACUACAUCCCGUACCCCAGCAUUGAUGAGGUUGUGGAGAAGGGAGGCCCGUACCCCUUGAUUGUCCUGCCCCAGUUUGGGGGCUACUGGAUCGAGGACCCAGAGAACGUGGGGACGCCGACCUCCCUUGGCAGCAGCAUCUGUGAGGAGGAGGAAGAGGACAGUCUCAGCCCCAGCACAUUUGGCUAUAAGCUCGAGUGCAGGGGCGAAGCCAGGGCCUACCGCAGGCACUUCCUGGGGAAGGACCACCUAAACUUUUACUGUACUGGCAGCAGUUUGGGGAACUUGCUCCUGUCCAUCAAGUGUGAGGAGGCGGAGGGCAUCGAGUACCUUCGGGUCAUUCUCAGGUCCAAAGUGAAGACAGUGCAUGAAAGGAUCCCCUUGGCUGGAUUGAACAAGUUGCCCAGCGUCCCUCAGAUUGCAAAGGCUUUCUGUGAUGACGCUGUGGGGCUGAAAUUCAACCCUGUCCUGUACCCCAAGGCCUCCCAAAUGAUUGUGUCCUAUGAUGAACACGAUGUCAACAACACGUUCAAAUUUGGGGUUAUUUAUCAAAAAGCCAGGCAGACCCUGGAGGAAGAGCUGUUUGGAAACAAUGAGGAGAGCCCAGCUUUCAAGGAGUUCUUGGACCUUUUGGGGGACACGAUCACACUGCAGGAUUUCAAAGGUUUCCGCGGGGGCCUGGAUGUGACCCACGGACAGACGGGGGUGGAAUCCGUGUACACGAUAUUCCGGGACAGAGAGAUCAUGUUUCAUGUCUCCACAAAGCUGCCAUUUACCGAGGGAGACGCCCAGCAGCUCCAGAGAAAGAGACACAUUGGGAAUGACAUUGUGGCCAUCAUCUUCCAAGAAGAAAACACACCGUUUGUCCCAGAUAUGAUUGCCUCCAACUUCUUACACGCCUACAUUGUCGUGCAGGCUGAGAACCCGGGCACGGAGACCCCGUUCUACAAGGUCUCAGUCACGGCCCGGGAAGAUGUGCCUGCCUUUGGCCCCCCUCUGCCUAGCCCUCCUGUUUUCCAGAAGGGCCCGGAGUUCAGGGAGUUUCUGCUCACCAAGCUCACCAAUGCAGAGAACGCUUGCUGCAAGUCAGACAAGUUUGCGAAGCUGGAGGACCGGACGAGGGCCGCCCUGCUGGACAACCUCCACGAUGAGCUUCACAGCCACACUCAGGCUAUGCUGGGACUGGGCCCAGAAGAGGACAAGUUUGAGAAUGGGGGCCAUGGGGGAUUCCUGGAGUCUUUCAAGAGGGCCAUCCGUGUGCGCAGCCACUCCAUGGAGACCAUGGUGAGCAGCCAGAAAAAGCAGCACAGCGGGGGCAUCCCUGGCAGCCUCAGUGGGGGCAUCUCGCACAACAGUAUGGAGGUCACCAAGACUACCUUCUCGCCUCCGGCGGCGGCGGCAGCAGCAGCGGCGAAGAACCAGUCACGGAGCCCCAUCAAGCGGCGGUCAGGGCUCUUCCCCCGGCUGCACACAGGCUCUGAAGGCCAAGGCGAUGGCCGGACAAGAUGUGACAGUGCAUCCAGCAACCCCAAGACCCCAGAUGGUGCACACUCUUCUCAGGAGAUGAAGUCUGAGGCUUCAUCCAACCCCAGUUCUCCAGAAAUCUGCCCUAACAAGGAGAAGCCCUUCAUAAAGUUGAAGGAGAAUGGCCGAGCCAACAUCUCCCGCUCAUCCUCCAGCACCAGCAGCUUCAGCAGCACGGCGGGGGAGGGAGAGGCCAUGGAGGAGUGUGACAGCGGGAGCAGCCAGCCGUCCACCACCUCGCCCUUCAAGCAGGAGGUGUUUGUCUACAGCCCGUCUCCGAGCAGCGAGAACCCCAGCCUGGGGGCCGCAGCCACCCCCAUCAUCAUGAGUCGGAGUCCUACAGAUCCCAAAAGCAGAAACUCCCCGAGGUCAAACCUGAAAUUCCGCUUUGAUAAGCUCAGCCACGCCAGCUCUAGUGCGGGUCACUAAUGUGAAAGAGGAGUCCUUCGCUUGUCAAAGGGAAGCCCCGAUUCUGUCUUGGAGAAGCCCCUUGCCCAGCAGUUUGGGGGUGCCAUCCACGACUCUGACCAUCAUAGCCCUGCUGCCCCACCAGCCACCUGCCCACCAGACCAGCCGUCUGUCCCCAUGUCCCCAUCUGGCCUCCGCCCUGCCUGUCCCCUAGCUAAGGCACCCUAUGAGCACUCUCCUUCUCUGGACAAGGCCUCCUCCCUCCAGUCUCCUCCUGCUCCUGACUGCCCAUGUGAUGUGUGUCUGGCCCAUCCGUCAUCUUGUUUUGUGCACAGAGGAAAGAGUUGGGCUUGGGGGGAUCUGGGACCUGGGGACUUGGUCAGAGACUAGUGGGGCAGAGAGUAGUGAGGUGGGGGCGCGGGGGCCAUCAGCAUAGUACAGCACAGGGAGGGAGGCAGCCUGUGCCCUGGACGUGGCAGGCACAGUGAAUCCAUUUAGUGGUGGUGGAACCAAGAUUUGUAGCCAUCCUCCAUGAUGUUGUGACAGGAAUCAGUAAUGUUGCUCCCACACCUUGUGCUUCUGUGCUGGGGGCUGCUUUCUUGCCCACCUUCUGACUUCGGGCCUGGCACUGCCUCUAGUCCUGUGGCCAGUGUGUCCUGGGUGCCGGCAGCAGAGGCGAGACAGAACUGUGUGUGUGUGGAGGUGGCCCCGCGUCAUUGCUGUGGGACAAGCCCCGGGUGGGUCUUCCCCUCGGAGUGGGUGUUUUCCCCAAGGAGGGAUGGGUAACCCCGAGCAGGAAGGAAUUGAGGAAGAACAAGCUGACGAGCUGUGCUCUGGGGCCUUGGCUGGGUGGGGAUUAGGCCCCUGCUGGUGGUGGAGGCUCGUGGAAGAGUUGCCUGAGCCCCCUGCUGAGGUCAGAGCCGGGGAGGCGAGGCGGGGUGCUGACCUGUCCACCUCGGUCGAUGUGUGGACGCAGCAUGUAGGCGUGAGGAAGGAGCGACAUCCCUCUGGGAUUUCUAUUCUUGGCGUCUGUAGUGGGCCCAGAGCUACCUUUGGGCUCUUUACAGCUGCUGUGCCCUUUCGCCUGGUUGGUCCUCCGAUCCCCUUCAACCGUGGGUCUGGAGGCGAUGGUCAUGUUGGCGGGAUUUUUAUGACGUGGGCCCCAGCUGGAGGCAGCUCAGAGGCUGCCUGCUGCCUGCCCCCUUGGCCAGAGCCAGCUCACUCUCGGGAGAAGCUCCCCCUUUCCCUGCAUCUCACCUGUCCUUGUCUGCAGGGCGGAAAGUCGCUUCUGCAGCCCAGCCCCUGGUGGAGGGUAAGGCGGGGUGUCCUCUUCAGAGCCCUGUGGGUGCUGGCACUUAGGGUGCGUGGGGCCCUGUGACACGGGAUAGCCCUGGGGCCUUAGGCUGGGCCCCUGCUUCUGGGAGCAGGUUUCUACCACCUGUUUCAUCUGCAUUGGGAUCUGGGCCUAUUCCAAAGUCAAAGCAAUCCCAAGUCAAUGUCAUACUUGUUUUUGACUGAUGUGACAGUUUCCCCAUUGCUUUGCCAUUAGAGCAAAACCUUGAUCCUUUGUCUCUCACUCGUGUGGACAUGGCGGGAUCCUGUUUGCAGGCUGGGUGGACCUGUCCCCUCACACUAUUUGGGAAAUGUGUUUACUUAAAAUACUAGUCCGGUAAAAUUUCUUCCAGUGAGAAGGUCAACAAGCGUCUGUUUAGGUUUUAUUAAAAAUCACUGUAGCAGCACCCACUGCUGGAAUGAGGUCUGCGGAUUCUGGCAGUGUUCUGUUGGCUGGCUUGCUGAAGGAACUUGAAAGGUCAAACUUCAUUUAAAAGAAAACAACAACAACAACAACAAAAGUCCAACUAGUCCAGGUUCUGGCUUGCUUCUCAGGUAGCUGGUAUUUACAGCUGCUUGGUGGUUGUGUUGUGUUGUGGUCUGGGGGUCCUCUGGAGUUUCCUGGUUGUGCCCACCCUGUUCUCAUACCUGCGUUGGGAACCUCAUACCUGCUUUCCUCUGCUGUUCCGGCUGCUCCUUCUGCAGCCCCCACCCGCUGGGAGGGCUGUGUCCCUGCCUCUGAGCCAGGAUGGCUGAGAGUGUCCAGGGACACCGGGAGGCACAGACAUGCUCCCUACAAAACAGACCUGAGAAGUGGUCUCUACCUGCUCUUAGCUACUGGGGGGUGCGCUGGGCAGAGUCUGAAAUGUCCCUCUCUCUGGGUCCCGUUUUACCUUCUUUAGAAAGCCCGGCUCAUCUAUGGCUCCUAGAGUACACAUGAGCGCCCCUGAGGUCCUAGGGCUGAGGGGGAGGAGGAGGACAGGGAGUGGGCAGUCUUAAGUCACCCCUCUGGACCAUGGGGUGGAUAGCUUGGGUUCAUGAAGGCUGCUUCCCCCAUAUCCUCUUGCAUCUGCUCUGACUCAAAGUUUCCUUUUAUUGCUGCGCCCAGUCUUGGGGCUCAAAGAUUUGCUCAAGUCUCCUUGGUCCCUGGGACCAGACUCAUCCUCACGGUGCUCAUGCUGGUAUUUGAGGCACUCUGCUUGUGAUCUGGACACAGGAGAAGUGUUUCCUGGACAUGUCUCUGCCUCUGGGAAGGGCCUGACUCGUGGAAGAAGCUGUAUUGGUCAGGCUUUGCAGGGCACCCAGAUGCCUCUGCUCAGUGAUUCUUACUUAAUUAACUACAGAUGCAGAAUGAGCUUGAGAGAGAAGGUUGGAGCUAGAGUUUCUAAUGAAGGGAAAUGAACGAAUGAAUGAAAAAUGAGUGAAAACUGUUGUAUGGUUUCAGCCUUGUUGGUAUCAUCUCGAUGUCUAAGGCUUCCAGGCCUCUACUGACAUCUAAUCCAUCCAUACUCUCAUCCCGCUGAGAAACCUUGGGCCCGGUGAGGGGACAUGGCUCACUGGGGGUCGCACAGCCAAUGAGUGGCAAAGCUGGGAUUGGAGCCCACAGCCCAGCCUGUUCUUCAGCUCCACCUACAUGGUCGGUAGAACUGGUGGCUGUGCUUGCUGGGGUCCUGAGUUUCGGAGGACCUGGCCAGCUAGUACCUGGGCACUGGUUGGGAGCUGUCUGUGGUCAGUGUGGGAUGUCAGUCUCUUCAUUUUAUGUGCUCAGUUUUCCAGGGAGGGGGCUGGGGUUUUGGAUGCAGCUUGAUCAAAGAAAGAUUUUAGUGGACCAUUCCUGGUAAUCUCAGUUCUUCAGCUCUGGUCUGUAAUGGGGGUGGAGGCCAGGGAAGAGAGCAGUUAGCAAGCCCUCAGUUUCCCCAUCUCAAGUUCAGAAGAAAAGUGGUUAAAGAAAACUCUUCUCCCUGAUCUUUAAACAAGGGUUGUUAAUAAAAUAUAGGCUCCUGUGCUGAUGUGGGACAAGAGCCAGAGUCACUUUCUUACACUGACUGGUUAAGGUGCCAAUGCAAACACUACCUUCCUCAUUUGAUUCUGAGUCAACAGAGACAGGUUGUUAUUGGGGAACGGCCAGGGUCAGGUAGGUGGCUGGCAGGGGACCCACGACUCCUCCCCAGAACUCUAGCUCCCUUUCUCCAAGGUGAGAGUGGGUCAGUGGAGUCUGUCAAGUCUGCCAAGGAACAUUAAAAGCUCUGCUGUCUGUUUUACUACUGACCCUCGCCCACCCCAACCCUAUAUCUCCCUCCUUUCAGUCAGACCAUCUGCCCCUUUGGGAGAAAGGAGACCACCCCUACCAGGGCCAAGGAUGGUAGACCCCUGCCUAGUAAGAGGCUGUUGGGACAAUGGCUCUGUCCUGUGCCUUAGUGGCACUGGGGAGAGGGUGUUUGGCUGGAAGACUGGAAUUGAAAGGCCAUCAUCUUUGAUUUUGUAAUAUUUCCACUUGGAACGGUCAGUUCCUCCUUCCCGCUCCUUAGCAUGUAUGCCAGCGCUCCCGUCAUGGGCGUUUCCCUUCUACACUCCAGCCCCGGGAGUGCUGAUGUUCUAGUGUGAAGAGAUCCCUUUGUGUGAUAGAACUUAAGACGUGUAGCUCGGAAAUGAUGAUCCGUGUGCUGAUGACUUUUCUUUCUUUCCUCUUCUUGAGGAGGUGAUUUGUAGACCCCGACUGCCUAUGUAAUGUAAAUAAUGUACAUUUAAUUUAUUGCUAUGGUAGCACAUUGUAUUUGUUAAUGUAUAAAACAAAUUCUAAAAGGUCGACAAAUGUAUAUUUUGUUGCUUAAAUGUGUCUUUGCAGAAAUUGACAAUAAAUAACAUAUUUUG